AUUAUUUUACUUUGGUAACAUAAAAUAUAACGCCGGUCGCAUUUUUUCCUGAUUCUUGACAUUUUUGUCAAUUUUUCUGAUUUAUCUAAUAGGUACUAAUUAGAAACAAAAAUGAACGGCUUAGUUAAAACUGCGCACAGGGUAAUGCAAAGUUGUGUGAAAAACUCAAGUCUAACAGGUAUCGUGAGCCGCACACAGACACCCGUGAAGCGUGAUUUCACAAGAGGAAUAUGGCAUAUGAGCUGCUCCAAGCGGCUGGAUGGCACCCUGGCUUCCUCCAGCCUUCUUCACAACCAUUCCAACACGUGCAGCUGCGGGUGCGGCCUCAAAGCCAUGCACACAAAAGCAGAUAGAGGAGACGCUGAUUCUGUGAAACCCAAGCCUCUGGGUGAGAGAGAACUGGUGGAGUUCUUAACCGAGGAGAUAGUAGCAGAACGUAAAGCUCAGAAGGUGAAGUCCCUACCGGCUGAGGUGGACGGCUUCUCUGUGAAGGGAGACGGAGCUGAGGUAGUGCUCACCAAGCAGCUGAAAGAUGAAGUAGUUAAAGUGACUUUCAAUGUGAACCACACUGUGGAUUCCGAGGACUUUGGUGAGGGCGAGCCACAGCAGGACAAGCAGGAGUUCUCGGAGAUGCGCUCGCGGCCGCAGUUCGAGGUGGACGUGGUCCGCGGCGACACAACGCUCGGGUUCACAUGCUCGUUCCUGCAGGACCCGCCACCCUCAUCCGCCGAUGAGUACAAUGACAUCUUUGGUAUCGACGAGGUGACCAUCUACAAGGGCGAGUGGAACGACAAAGUGUACGCAGUCGCUGGAGACGUGCUCGACGGCUACCUAUAUGACCUGCUGAUGAACGUGCUCGAAGAAAAGGGCAUCAGCAACGAGUUCGCGCAGAAACUGUCGGACUUCAGCACCGCGUACGAGCAUGCCGCCUACAUCAACCUGCUCGAAACUAUAUCCAAAUUCACCAUUGGCAAGUAGUUGCCAACAUCUACAAGCAAAAUGCGACCAAAUACCAUUUUUAGAUACCUUGCAACCAUAAAACCAUUCAUCUUUGUUAGAUACCAUGCAACCAAAAGAUAUGUUGAGACCAAAAAAUGGUAGCAAGGUGUAAAAUCCUUUUAGGCCAUUAUAAUGUAGAUAAAUCUGUAUGUAGUAGUUAUUAGAAUGUUACCUAUAAUUCAGACUAAGCUCAAAUUUUUGUUUGAUGGCACUGUUUAAGAUCACUACCCUGUUUUAUGUCUAAAGAAACUUGUCUUUAUAUAUUAAUCAAUGCAAGAAAAUAAAUUUGAGGCGACCAGCGUCAUCUAAUAUUUAGAUAGAUUUGAAUCUUAUGUAGUUAGAAAUAAGAAUUGAAACCAUGUUGUUCAAACCAUGAAAAACGAAUUGUUUGUGACUGCCUUGUGUUGAAGCAUUUACGUUGUAGUUCAGCUUUAAUGUUUAGUUUAGUUGUGGACGCGGUGUCGAUUGUUUUACGUUAGUGUUAAUUAGAUUUAAAAUGCCACAAUAAAUACUGUUAAAUUA